UCUCUGCGGUCCAGUCUCGGAGGUCUCAGGCUGGCGGCGAUGGACACAGGGGGCGGGUGGCCUUAUUUUUUGCUGUCACCGCCGCUGCCGCCAACGAUCUUCAUCCGGGUCCUGCGUCAGGUCCGGCUGGGCCGGACUUGCCUGUGAGGUGGGAUGGGCUGGCUGUCAGACCAAGUGCCCUGCAGUUGGCAGGAGUAUGGGGCGCAGUGAUGCACGCUCGGGCGCCCAGCAUCCUUCUGCUUGUCGGAGACAUUGCUUCGGACCCUGUGCUGCCCGCGGCUGUGUGCCUGAGCCGGGAGCCCCAUUGCUGGGAUUGGGACUGCGCUGCGUACCCAGCGGGAGGUACCAAGGACGGAGUCCAAAGGUCGCGUUUUAUCCGUUGGUGCUGAUGACAGCACCGCGGCGGCACCUGCAGAACCUGAAUUAGGUCCGUAAUGCCUCCCGCCUGGCUCUUUCAAGAUGGAGGGGAAACCUGUGGGAGAGCCUACUCAAGUGGUGUCUAAAUUCAAACUUCCCGCCAAGGUGGAGAGCACAGGGCACUGGCUGGAGGAAGAUCAUGCUCGGAUAUGGGAAGUUUUGAAGACUGAGGAGAGCUCGAUUCAGGACUGGGGUGAAGAGGUAGAGGAAGGAGCUGUCUACCAUGUCACCCUGAAGCGCGUCCAGAUUCAACAGGCUGCCAAUAAAGGAGCAAGAUGGCUCGGGGUGGAAGGGGACCAGGUCCCUCCAGGACAUACCGUCAGCCAGUAUGAGACCUGUAAGAUCAGAACGAUAAAAGCCGGCACCUUGGAGAAGCUGGUGGAGAACCUGCUGACGGCUUUCGGGGACAAUGACUUCACCUAUAUCAGCAUCUUCCUGUCAACGUACAGAGGCUUUGCCUCCACCAAAGAAGUGUUGGAACUACUGCUGGACAGGUAUGGAAACCUGACAAGCCCAAACUGUGAAGAAGAUGGGAGCCAGAAUUCACCAGAGUCCAGGACAGUGAUCCGGAAUGCAAUCGCCUCUAUCCUGCGGGCCUGGCUUGACCAAUGUGGAGAGGACUUCCGAGAGCCCCCUCACUUCCCUUGCUUACAGAAACUGCUGGACUAUCUCAAACGCAUGAUGCCAGGCUCUGACCCAGAGAGAAGAGCACAGAACCUUCUUGAGCAGUUUCACAAGCAGGAGGUGGAAGCGGACAAUGGGUUUGCCAACACCAUCUCCUGCCGCCUGGAAGAGGAAGAGGAACCGGAGGCCGGAGGGUCUGCAGAAUUCACGUGCUUCUCAGAGGAUCUUGUGGCAGAGCAGCUGACAUAUAUGGAUGCACAACUAUUCAAGAAAGUAGUGCCUCACCACUGCCUGGGCUGCAUUUGGUCUCAAAGGGAUAAGAAGGAAAACAAACAUUUGGCUCCUACGAUCCGCGCGACCAUCUCUCAAUUUAAUGCCCUCACCAAAUGCGUGGUCAGCACCAUCUUGGGGGGCAAAGAACUCAAAACCCAGCAGAGAGCCAGAAUCAUCGAGAAGUGGAUUAACAUUGCUCAUGAAUGUAGGAUCCUGAAGAAUUUCUCCUCCUUGAGGGCCAUCGUCUCGGCACUGCAGUCCAAUUCCAUCUACCGGUUAAAAAAGACGUGGGCUGCUGUCCCGAAAGAGCGAAUGCUAAUGUUUGAAGAACUUUCCGAUAUCUUCUCGGACCAUAAUAAUCAUUUGACCAGCCGGGAACUGCUGAUGAAGGAAGGAACCUCCAAGUUUGCCAACCUGGACAGCAGCGUGAAAGAAAACCAGAAGCGGACGCAGCGGCGGCUCCAGCUGCAGAAGGACAUGGGGCUGAUGCAGGGCACUGUGCCCUACCUGGGCACCUUCCUGACUGACCUGACCAUGCUCGACACCGCUCUCCAGGACUACAUCGAGGGUGGGCUGAUCAACUUUGAGAAAAGGAGACGGGAAUUUGAAGUGAUUGCCCAAAUAAAGCUCCUUCAGUCUGCCUGCAACAGCUACUGCAUGACCCCAGACCAGAAGUUCAUCCAGUGGUUCCAGAGGCAGCGGCUCCUGACAGAGGAAGAGAGCUACGCCCUGUCCUGUGAGGUGGAAGCAGCUCCGGACGCCAGCGCCACCUCGCCCAAGCCUCGGAAGCGCAUGGUGAAGAGGCUCAGCCUAUUGUUUCUGGGGUCGGACAUUAUCACCAGUAGCACUCCCAGCAAAGAGCAGCCCAAGUCCACGGCCAGCGGGAGCUCUGGCGAAAGCAUGGACUCCGUGAGUGUGUCCUCCUGUGAGUCCAACCACUCCGAGGCCGAGGAGGGCUCCAUCACUCCCUUGGACACACCGGAUGAGCCGCAAAAAAAGCUCUCCGAGUCGUCCUCGUCGUGCUCCUCCAUCCAUUCCAUGGACACAAAUUCCUCAGGGAUGUCGUCCUUAAUCAACCCCCUCUCCUCCCCUCCGACCUGCAACAACAACCCCAAGAUCCACAAGCGCUCCGUCUCCGUGACCUCCAUUACCUCGACUGUGCUGCCUCCCGUUUACAACCAGCAGAACGAAGACACCUGCAUAAUCCGCAUCAGCGUAGAGGACAACAAUGGCAACAUGUACAAGAGCAUCAUGCUGACGAGCCAGGAUAAGACUCCCGCCGUGAUCCAGAGGGCGAUGCUGAAGCACAACCUGGACGCGGACCCGGCUGAGGAGUAUGAGCUGGUGCAGGUCAUCUCGGAGGACAAAGAGCUCGUGAUCCCAGAUUCGGCAAACGUCUUCUACGCCAUGAACAGCCAAGUGAACUUUGACUUCAUUUUACGCAAAAAGAACUCCACGGAAGACCCAGUGAAACUGCGGAGCCGGACGAGCGUGACCUUGCCCAGGACAGCUAAACGGGGCUGCUGGAGCAACAGACACAGCAAAAUCACCCUCUGAAGGGAGGGACCACCGGCCCCUUGCUUGCCCACGGCAGAGAGGGGCUAAGGACAGGCCGUGGUGCGUGCAGCUACCAUCCAGUGUUAGAGGAUCAUUGGUGAAGCCAGCAGCUAUUUAUUGAGUACCUGCGGUGUGAUAGGCGCCGUGGGGAGAUUGGAGAUGAAUCUGAAAUGAAAAGGAUGGACGAUUCACUGAUCCUCUUUGACCAAUUUGAGACUGAAAUGCAAAAUUACCCACAUUUAUAAAUACAUAUGACACAUAUUUGGUA